UUGAUGGUCUCAUCGAUCAGUAACUGCAUCGCAGCCUUCGUCACGCUUCCCUCCGCCAAAUUGUCCUCUAGUCACCGAAUUCCUACUUUCCCUUACGCAAUUUGCACUUUGCACGGUUCCGUCAACUCUCCGGACCCUGAAACGUGUGUGAGAACGACCCAACGUUUAAAUCGGCCCAUUUAGCUGGUAGCAGCCGCAUAACUGCACCAGAAAACUACCCUGCCAGACCACAUCUCCUCCAUCCUCGUCCCUGGGGGCAUCUUUUCCUUCACCUCUGACGGUCCACUCUCUACCAGGAUAUCUGGUUUCUACAUGUCCAAAUGUGGGCCACAGCCACCUCAAAACCCUCAUCAUGACAACGCCGAUCUCCAGCCUGGACCGUCAACUCCGCCAGGCGCUCUGCGACCACCCACGACAGCAUGACUAUCGCUACGAUUCCAGUGCAGGAACCAGCCUCCUAGAGAUCCUCUUUCGAGCCCUGACGAAUGACCGAGCAGACUACCUAGGCGAACUCUUUCCGCAGGGCUUUCCGCCUUCAUACAAGCUACAAGAUGCACAGGGCGUACAAGAAGAUGCUGAGUAUAGUGCGGCGGCUAGAGGGCAUCCAUGUGGACACAUUUUCAAGCCAGGAGAGGCCAGCUACCACUGUAGCACCUGCACCGACGACACAACCGCCGUCCUCUGCUCCCGCUGUUUCAUUGCGAGCGAUCAUGAGGGGCAUCAGUACAGUGUGAAUGUCAGUGCUGGAAAUAGCGGAUGCUGCGAUUGCGGUGAUGACGAAGCGUGGAAGCGCUCUGUGAAGUGUGCCAUUCACACGGCAAGUGACGAUUGGGCAACAACCGAUGAGCAUGUUUCUCCCUUGCCUGCAGACUUGCAAGAGUCUAUUCGCACUACUAUCGGCACAGUUUUGGACUAUUUCUGUGAUAUCGUAUCUUGUUCUCCAGAGAACCUGCGCCUACCCAAGACGCUGGAGUCGGUAGCCCAAGACGAGGUCAGAAGUCGGCUUUCUGCGGAGCACUACGUGUCAGGGGACGAGGUCGAAACCAAUCCUGAUUACUGCUUGAUCAUCUGGAAUGAUGAGAAGCACACAGUGCGUGAAGUACAGUCGCAAGUGGCACGAGCGUGUCGUCAGCGGGAGGCGUUCGGGUUGGCCAAAGCAGAAGAAGCAAAUGAUGUCGGCAGAAGUGUAAUCAGGCACUCUCGCGAUCUCAAAGAGCUCACUAGGAUGGCAAAGAUCAUCGAGGAAAUCAAAGUCACAGUCACGAUCAGGUCAUCUAGGGAUACCUUUCGGGAACAGAUGUGUGGUACAAUCAUUGAAUGGCUUGCCGAUAUCGCCGGUUCCAGUAUUGCAGGAGAUGGGCAUAUCCUACGGCGUGUCAUUUGCGAGGAAAUGCUCCAGAUCUGGAGGAUCGGAAGUGAGGCUUGGAACGCCAAGGUGGGAAGAGAAGAUCUGGAUGACCACGGCGACGAGGACGAUCGCGAAUAUAGAAGGAGGACGAGGUGGCGCAUUUUUGACCCCAUUCAAUUCGCAAUGCAAAGAGCAAUGGCCGGGGAAAUUCUGGAUGAAGAUGAAGCUAGCGAUGGCAACGACACUGGGGAAGUUGAUGAUGACGAAGAGGACGAAGAUGAGGACGACAACGAACUGGUCGACGUUGAUGACCAGGAAAUGAACGAUCUUAUUCUCACUGCAACGGGUUUCGACACGCCGCAUCGCUUGAAUCUCCUGGCCGAACAAGCAGGGGACGCGGAUGUGACAGAUGACGCUGAGGAAAUGGACACCGACGGUGACGGGGAUUUCUUGGACAUUGCAGAACGAAUGGAUAUGGACGGACCGUCUCCUCCACCGCCAGCACUUCCUACUCAAGAUAUCGGUGACCCUGGAAACAAUGUGGCAAUGGGUGAGGAUGCCUCCCCUACUGAUCCAGAUAGCAAUGCCAAUUACCUCAACAUACCAAGGACGCCCGCGGCCUCUGCGCGCAGAACACGGCACCGAUCCACGCCGCCAAACCACUGGAAGUUGGCGCCGUCAAGUCAGUCCCCCCAAAACGCACCCAUCCCUGUCUAUGAGGAUCUUACGAAGAAUAUCCGGGUGGACUCGAUGAUCCUCUUCGAUCUGCGCUUGUGGAAACUUGCAAGGACGAACAUGCGGGACCUCUUUAUCAGCACACUUGUCAAUAUUCCCCAAUUCAAACGUAUCCUUGGAUUGAGAUUCUCUGGCUUAUAUACAACCCUCGCCCAACUCUAUCUUGUCGCAGAUCGCGAACCAGACCACUCGAUCAUAAACUUGUCGUUGCAGCUACUGACUACACCUUCUAUCACGGAAGAAGUGAUUGAGCGGGGAAAUUUCCUUACGAAUCUGAUGGCCAUUCUUUACACCUUCCUCACUACCAGACAAGUGGGAUUUCCGAAGGAUCUGGACCCAGGGGCCACCCUAGGCUUCGAUGCCGGAUCCGUCGCCAACCGUCGACUCUACCAUUUCUUCUCUGAUCUGAGAUACUUUCUUGCAUCCCCAUUCGUACAAGCCAAGGCCCGCAGCGAGCCACAGUAUCUGUUUCAAUUCCUUGACCUGGCCAAACUGUCCCAGGGUAUCUGUCCUAAUGUGAGAGCAGUGGGGGAACAUGUUGAAUAUGAGACAGAUGCCUGGAUCAGUGCCUCUUUGUUGACACGCGAUAUCAACAAAUUAUGUCGACAAUUUGCAGAAGCAUAUCACGUCUCUAAAGACAGCAGUCCUUCGGCUCUUCGUUCGACUUGGGACGCAAUCUCGCAUGCUGCAGGUGUCGCAAUCAUAAAUUCUGUUGGACUCGAGCGGCGUCGGUUUGAGCAGGCAGAGAUCAAGGAACCUGUCCGGUUUCACAAGCUACCACCCUACGACUACGAAGUUGUUGACUUCGUAGUAGAAAAGGGCGCGUUAAGUUUCCACCAUCCGUUGCACUACACGCUCUCCUGGUUGUUAGAAUGCGGGAAGGAAUUCAAACAGUCCAUAAAUACUCUCCGGGAAACCGCGCAAACAUUCGUGUCACAUCUACACGAUACCCCUCUGGGUCCCCGAGACGGCGCAAUCAAGACUGUGCUCAACUCAACUGACGAUGCCCUUCUUGCGAUGUUCGACUUCCCGCUUCGUGUUUGUGCCUGGUUGGCGCAGAUGAAGGCCAAUCUUUGGGUUCGAAAUGGGAUGAGUUUGCGUCAUCAGAUGGUACAGUACAAAAGUGUUGCCCAUCGUGAUGUUGGACAUCAUCGGGACCUGUUUCUUCUGCAAACGGCACUUGUAGCAUGUGACCCUAGCCGAGUGCUUGCGUCGAUGAUCGAUCGUUUCGGCCUUUCUGCUUGGAUGCGAAAUGGGUUUGACUCCCUCGAGAUCUGCGAUGACAACCAGAUGCUCGACCUUGCAGAGGAUUUCGUGUAUCUUUUGAUCAAUCUACUUUCCGACCGUGAUGCUCUCAUCUCCGAUCGAGACAACCCGGAAUCUCAGCUUCUUACGCUUCGAAAAGACAUCGCCCAUACGCUCUGUUUCAAACCAUUGUCGUAUUCUGAUCUCUAUUCUCGCCUGACGGAAAGAGCACAGGACCACGAGCAAUUGCAAGAAGUCCUUGAACAGAUGACCAAAUACCGGCCACCAGAAGGUCUCCACGACUCUGGCUUGUUUGAGCUGAAGGAAGAGUACUUGCAAGAGCUGGAUCCAUACAACUCCCAUUUCACGAAAAACCAGAGAGAUGAAGCAGAGAACAUCUACAAGAACUGGAUGGGCAAAAAGUUGCACAAACCGCCGGAAGACAUCGUCCUGGAUCCCAAGCUGCACCCCAUCCCGUGCGAGGCAUACACUGAUCUCUGUGCUGUUGUCAACACCACUCUUUUCGCAGAUGUCAUUCAUAAGGCACUGGUGUACGUCGCACACGGUCAUAAAUCUAAGGCAGGCGUUUCGGCAACGCGCGUUGAGGCCUUUCUACAAAUCGUUCUCCAACUCGCACUCAUUGCUACAUUAGAGGACAAUUCCACCGACGAUGCCAUUGACACUCCCUCCUUCGUCCGGAAUGCCAUGAAGCUAGAAUUGGAGUCUGACAGUAACCCACCGUCCACCAUAAUUGCGAUGCUAUCCAAGGUAUGGCUCAUGGAAGAAUUUAGCUCCUGCCGGAGCAAGAUCAGACACAUGCUACGGCUUUUCCAUCAUAGGCUACCUCACCAAUUCACUACGUCGACACGGAAUCUGGAUUUUCCAUCAGGCAGAUUCGACACCGCUUCUCCUGCUAACGUCGAAAGCGAGAUCGAAGCUAAGAAGAAGCAAGCAAUGGAACGAAAAGCAAGAGUCAUGGCUCAGUUUCAGCAGCAGCAACAGAGUUUUAUGGACAAGCAAGGCAUGACCGACUGGGGGGACGAAGACUUGGAGUCCCCAGAUGAAGAGUUACCCAAGUCCACGGAGAUGCGCCACUGGAAAUACCCUGCAGGGUUAUGUAUCCAGUGUCGUGAAGAUACAUCCGAUGCAAGGUUCUACGGCACGUUUGCUAUGGUCACCGACGCCCACAUCUUGCGGGAAACGGAUACGGAUGAUGUGGACUUCGUUGGAGAGCUCUUUGCAAUCCCGGAAAACCUGGACCGCUCCCUCGAGAACAUCCGGCCAUUUGGAGUCUCGGGGUCCAAUCAUGAACAGGUGAAGCGUCUGACGGCAGAUGGCCAGGAGGUCACGGUGGAUUUUCAAGGCUUGGGUAAAGGCUGGCCACAGGGCUGUACCAUGAAAGGCCCAGUCUCGACGAGCUGCGGUCAUAUUAUGCAUUUCACGUGUUUCGAAAACUACUAUCAGUCAAUCACGCGGAGACACUCGCAACAGGUUGCCAGAAACCACCCUGAGCGGAUAUCUCUGAAGGAGUUCGUCUGCCCCUUGUGCAAGGCGCUUGCGAACACGUUCCUCCCGAUUGUGUGGAAGCACUCACAACAAUCUUACCCGGGAACACUUGAAGUUUCGCAAGAGUUCGACUCCUUCUUGGACAAGAAUCUGCCAUCAGCUAUUACACCGACCGCUGCUCAGGACCCCUCAUUCGAUGCUCAUGCCUCACGAACCUACUUGGAGACUCUGGCAACAUUUUCUAACAGCUCCCUGGCUCCAGCCAUAGCUCGCUGGCAAUCAGGUGAUCUCACUAUAAGCCCAACAAGCCAAGCAUGGGCCGAACGACCAGAGCUUGCCGCUUUCGCUGAGCUCGCGAGCAUCUACGGUAGGCUUCGAGAAACUCUGGCGAUUGUCGCGGCGACAAGCCAAGUUGCGACUCCUCGAGAGGACCCGAAUCUGAACCACUUUCAGCUCCUGGUCAAUACUUUGGCGAAUACCAUAGCCUCGGUCGAGAUCGGUCAUAGGGGCCGCGAGGCCGAAUUCGGCACUUCGCUGUUGACAAGCGUCGCGCAACAGACACUCAGUCACCUGCAAACGCUGUCGUCAACUCUGAAUGCCUACGCAGCUACGGGUGCCUUGACUGUCCGUGGUUCUGUCGAGGCGCAGUACAGAGAACUUUGCGAGCGCCUUGAGCGCCAACUGGCUGGAACAACGAGAAAUAUGGUGACGUCAACCGAGUCCGAGACCGCCCUGCCUCUCCUUUGCAUGGAUCCCUUCCAAUUUCUGGUUCAGGCAACGAUGGUGCUUAGCCCCAUUCGAAACUUAGAGCAGCGCCACGUUUUACAAAUGGCUCUGACCAUGGAGCUCCUACGGGUGGUUCUGGCGUUCUUACUCAACUCCACGGCGCUUCUCAAGGUGGGCGAGAUGCUCACUCAAAACCAGAUUCGACAGGCUAGUCUUCCAACACCGGGAACAGAGCAGCUGCGCAGCGUGGAAGACAUUGUUUUAUGGGUAAGACAACAAAUCCAGCAGACCGAUGGAGGCCACCACCUUCCCAACAGCCUGCAACAAAUGUCACCCAGCACGGCUGGGAUAUUGUUCAAGCUGUGCAAGGUGUAUGCUCUUGCUUUCCUUCGAAAAUCCGCCAUCUUCUUCCAUGUCGCGCAUGGCGUCGAUUUCCCCACCACAGCCGGGUCCGAAGCUAGCUUGUCGGAGCUUGAGCGUCUAUGCCACCUUUUACACUUGCCCAACAUUGAUGACAUUCUCAGAUCAUUUAGCGAGUACUCGACUUCCGGCACUCUAAAGUAUCGAGCGGGCAUUUGGCUUCAGGAUUGCAUACGUUUCGAAAUGGAGAACAAGGGGAUGCCUCAGCUUGUCCGGGUACCGGUGCGCCCGAUGGGAAUCAAGUUGUUACACCCUGCACCGUUCGAAUUGAUUGGUCUUCCAAAAUACUUUGAUGUGCUGAUGGAAGAGUCGCACAGACGCAAGUGUCCUACCACGGGCAAAGAGGUGCUGGAUCCCGCCCUCUGCCUCUUUUGCGGGGAAAUAUUCUGUUCCCAGACUGUCUGCUGCCAGACGAAAGACAAGCGAGGCGGCUGCAACGCGCAUGUCGAAAAGUGUUCGAGUCCGAUCGGUAUGUUCUUGUUCAUACGGAAAUGUCACGUCGCACUACUGCAUGUCACAAAGGACCCCAAGGCUGGUAAUCAAGAUACUCUCAGGCGGAUCCAUGGGUUGUCGCCCAGUUCUACCAUGAGCCACGGGUCUUUUUUCCCAGCACCAUACUUGACCAAGCAUGGGGAGACGGAUUCCGGGUUGAGAUCGAAACACCAGUUGAUUCUCAACCAGAAGCGGUAUGACAAGCUGUUGAGAGAUACGUGGUUGAUGAUCAACGGCAGUGUGUGGAGCACAAUUGCUAGGAAACUGGAGAGCGAGGUCAACGCCGGCGGUUGGGAAACACUCUGACCCCGCAGACUUUCUCUGGGCUGUGAACGGGAGUAAAGGCUAUCACGAGACUACGACGAGACAGGCAAUGGGCCCAGAGGCUGGUUGGCUCUGGUGGCGUUACAUAGGAGAAUCUUGUCCAAGUCCGAAUGCCUUUGCGCUGAUGUACAUGAGUGAUAUGAUGAUCUGUUAGUGGUGCUGCCUCCGCAUUGUCCAAGGCAAGGCUGCCAAGCCUUGUGAUAGUUUCAGGUGGGCGCGUAGUCGAACGCAUACGGG